AUGUAUGCUUCAUCACUUCAUAAGGUAGUGGAUAAGGUAGUGGAUAAGCUUCUAACAUGUCUCAAGAGUAUUGUAGAUCCCAAAGAAGCUGUCACGGGAGCUCUCAUGGGCAGUUUGGUUGCUACCACUGCCUACACUGUUAUUUACGCCAACAAAGAUAUUUUGUUUCUCGCUUUAGGUGAAGCGACCACGUAUGGGGUCCUUCUUGGAGGGUUAGUCUCGGUUAUGGCUGGCGGUUUCAUUCGCAUAUGGAGCCAGGGCCGACCAUGA